AUUUGUCAGAUAAUGAAAUCCAUAAGCUGAUUACAAUUAAUCGAGAAAAGACGGAGACGUCCAACUCCAGUCAAAGAUGUAUAGUAUAAUUGGUAAGAAUUUAAACAUACGUACGCCCUGCUCAGCCUUCUCCAUGGGGUUGAACGAGUGCCUUCUUUUUAUGCCGUACAAAAACGCUGGUCGUUUACGGGAAAUUACGACAGGACAAGAAAAGCACUCGAAGGUGUACAGCCUGCGUAAGCACUGGUUCUCAAGAUACACAGAGUACAUAAAGAACCUUCAAAAAAGUUUGGAAAAAAGUUUUCCUAAGACAAUGCAUGUAUACAGAGUAUUCAGCAUCGGAACGAAAGACUUCUACAGAGAUCUAAAACUAUACUUUGCUGUGCAAAAGAAAAAACGGAGUGUCGGUAUAGACAAUCUUUCCUUAGAAGAGCUGCAGUUACUUUACACAAUGCCAAAGGAUGUCAUGAAGCUUACUCCGUUUCUCUUAACUGCUGCACUGCCUAUGGCCAACUACGUCGUUUUGCCCAUAGGGUAUUACUUUCCAAGAAUAUUUUUAACUUCACAGUUUUGGGACCUUCAGCAGAGACUGGACUUUGCGCUGUUGGAUCACAAGUAUCGACUAAAACAUAACAAGCCUCUGUUCAGAUGUGUGCAAGCUAGUCUAAAUAAAAUAGAUGAUCAGGUAUUAAGGGAAAAAUGGAACGAAGUGAUAGCUACUUUGGGUGCAGGCAGACAUCCUGCUACCCAAGAUAUUAUUGAAUGUAAAGUAUUGUUCGAGGAAGCACCUUACUCGCUCAAAUCGCUCCGAAGAAAACACCUGAGGGAGUUAUUGGCAAUCCACAAAAUGACCAGGUGGUUACCGUACAAAAGACAAAGGCUGUUGGACAAAGGGAUGGUAAUUAAGAGAAUGGACCAAGCUAUAGAAGCCGGUGGUGGGGUGCACAAGAUGCCAAGUGAUGCUCUGCGAUGGGCGUUAUUCUUCAGAGGAUUGAACCCUGUAAACAUGUCAACGGAUGAUAUGCGAAACUGGCUCAGUAGCUGGCUCACAGUUUCAUCGACUGUGGAAAAAAAAAAUAUUUCAUUACUCCUGCACUGUCCAAUACUGCUAGCUUAUAAUCACGAGACAAACUGGACACUACUGUAUUAUUAGCCAGGAAUGCGAAAUUUUUCUACCAUUGAAAUUUUUCUACUUCUAUAAAAUUUUUAAUAUAAAGCAGGGUUGAUGUGAUGGAAUAUCAAGCAGGAUUGUAAAGUCUGAAUAUAGGUAGAUACGUAUUUUACAAAAAAUUGUGUAACAGUAUUCACGAUGUAAGUGCUGCUUGACCUACACUUUUUGUCCCAAAAAAUAGGAUUGUUGAAUGCUAAGGCUCACUUGAAAGUUGAUUGACUAAUUACACUUUUCGGUAGUACACAAGAAUUUCCACGAAUAACAUACAAUGAAGCAAUGCUAAAUUUAUACUUACCGGAGUUAAUAUAUCAAAGUUUGCAAGCGAGCUUCCUAUGCUUCUUCUAAUAAUUAUUUCGAGUAUUACUGCUGCAAUAGAAAAUGCUCGUUGUUUGACAAUACAAAGUACAAAAUAGAAUCGAUAUGUUUCAGUAUAUAAUUCUACGAUGCAUCACAAACGAAUAAUUUAGUCAAAUAGAUGAAACACUAUCAUGGUAAGAAAAUAAAAGAUAAUGUGUAUAUAUUUAUUUAUAUGCAUAUGUAUACAUAUAAGAAUAUAUAUAUUUAUUGCCAAAUAUCUUUAUUGUGUACUUAUUUAUACAUAAAUUACAAAUUAGAAAAUAUAUUGCUUUGCAACAAUAAUUACAUAAUUUUGAACGUAUAGGCUAUUUACCGCUAUUACAUUCGUUAUAUUCAAUUUUCAAAUAUCACAGAUUGAGCAGUUACUCUCUGGGAGGACAAGCUACGUGUUAUAUCAAAACAUCAAUAAAAUUUCAUUAACAAUUAAAUUCAUUAUAUCAUUUACAAAGUAACAUGUUCGUCAACGCAGUGGAAAAUAAUUAGACUA